AUGGUUGGGGCUACAGAAAUCACCGUAGAUACCCAAAUGCAAGAAGCGGCUCCCGCAUCUAAAACCUCAAAACGCAAACAAACCCAUAACGGUCAAGAGCACAAAGCCAUCACCAUCACAGCACCACUUUUUUCCUACAUCCAUCUGGAGCUUCAAAUCUCAUCAUUGAAAAAAGCACAGCUAGAUGAUAUUACAGCAAAAUCAUACAUGACUUCAGCACUGACACAAUUUCUGGGCCUCCAUGGCGCUGCUAUCUCGAUUGAUAUUUUGAAGACGGAGGGCAAGGAUGUCUGGAUUAGAGUCAUGAGAGAGGAUGCUAGUGCAGUGGUAGCGGCGCUGGGUGGAUGGGUUAAGAGGUUGGGAAGUGGGGAUGAGCAGGUUGGGUGGAGGAUAAAGGGGAGAGCGAAUUGGUUGGGGGGUUUGGUGGGGGAGGACGACAUCGAGCGGGUGUGGAAUGAUUGAGAAUUGAAGAGGUUUGGAUAAUUCCUCCUAUUUCACACCAGCAAUGAACGCUCUUUUUAGUAAGGCACGACUUCUCGGGAUAGGAGUACCAUUAGAUUUCGUGGGCAUUGCGUCGUCAGAGAGAAAUGGGACAAGAACGAAUCGCAAACAGUGUCUAACUUCGCCCUGGUUGCGAAACGAGAAAAGCUUCAAUGAGCCACGAAGCCCGAUUUACGCCGAUGUACGCCUAGAACUAAAAGUUUACGUCCAGACUGCGAGCCUUUCGAAAGAAUCUGAACAAAGACAUAGUUUUAAACGACGCGACGUCCACCGAUGAAUUCGUGCCAAUUAUUUAGGACUGAAGCUUAACAGAUGACGUAUUAGAAGAUUAUGGUCAUGACUGCUGAGGUAGCCAUGUCUCAUGUAAUAUUGGAAAUGUACUAGAUAUGCAUUUCACACUAAAGUCUCGGACGGAAUUGAUUCAAAGGUCAAGCAUGCAACAAGAUUUAAACAUGACACUUGA